AUGACCACAGAAAUCGCGGCUGGUACCCCUCUGGCGGAGGCCUUGAGCAAUGCUAUCCAGCCCAAACUCGCGGAAAUGGGCUGGACCUCCGAUGGCGGCGAUGAUUCAGCUUUGAUUGAAUACAUUAUCCUGAUGCUAGUCAACGGCAAAAGUCAAGAACAGAUCGCAGACGAACUUUCCAAUGAUUUGCUCGGCCUUGGCAGUGAAGGAGAUACACAAGCUUUGGAGUUUUCAAGAUGGCUCUUUGAACAGGUCGAAGUCCUUAAUCGACAGAUCAACGGCGGUGGCGCACCGGUCGCAAACGAGACGGCACAGGCUAUCCCGUCGUUCAACGACCAAACAGCGACUUCGCAAGAGGGUAAUGGAGGAGGAGAUCAGGAUGCCACUAUGAACAUGGUUGAUGGCUCGCACACGGAUGAUUCGAUACCUACAGGACCGAAGGCGAUGCGUGGCGGCCGCCAAGCUGGGAGGGGUCGAAUGUUGAACCAGAUCAACAGAGCUUUAGAUCGCAACAGUGACUCAACUUUACACCGUGUCCGCGGUCAACAUGGCCGGAUCAAUUCUCAUGGUCGGGACCACACCAAAGGACGGCCUCAUCAGAACGGCGGGGGUAGGCGGCAAAUGAAUAAUGGACUGCCCAUGGGUGCCGCCCAAUCAAUGAUGAACAUGAGCCCGCAAGAUCAGAUGCACUUGAUGUCGCUGCUAGAGGAACAAGCUCGGAUGAUGGCGCAGCUCAUGCCGGGAUUUGUCUCACCUGCGAUCAACCCGGCAUUUCAACAAAACAACCAACAGCAACAAGGACGCUCCUUGUUCGACCGUGUUGAGCGUCAAGGACGUCCACAUGGUAACUCUUCUAAUCGUGCCCAGCACCAUGGCGUCUCAGCAAAACCACCCUCCGACGGCGACAUGGAUACCAAGCCUGAUGGCGCACAGGAUGAGAGUAAUAACGACAGUGUCUGCCGCUUCAAUCUUCGCUGUACCAGAAAAGACUGCCCCUUUGCGCACCAGUCACCAGCUGCGCCGGAAGGUACUCCUGUGGACGUGGCCGACAUAUGCACAUACGGCGCCGCAUGCAAAAACCGGAAAUGUACAGGACGCCAUCCUUCUCCCGCCGUCAAGUCCGCACACCAGGCCGAGGAGCUCUGCAAGUUCUUCCCCCAUUGUACCAACCCUCACUGCUCCUUCAAACAUCCCUCAAUGCCUCUGUGCCGCAACGGGGCCGACUGCACUGCGGAAGGUUGCAAAUUCACCCAUCUUCAAACGCCUUGCAAAUUUAACCCAUGCCUCAACCCAAACUGUCCUUACAAGCAUGCGGAAGGCCAGAAAGGUGCCUUUCCGGACAAAGUUUGGACUGCGGAUCAGAACAAGCCCCGUGUCAGCGAGAGGAAGUUUGUUUCAGAUGAGGAUGUUGCUGAAGAGCUGAUCAAGCCGGGUGCUGCAAGCGAGGAUGGUAAUCAGAACCAGGAAAUCAUAACGUGA